UUUUCAAGCUCUAAACUGUGCUCUAACAGCAGAACUACGCAGUUUUGAAAAAUAGCACAGUAUGCUACAAACCUGUUUAACUCUGCUAGUUUUUAGUCCACCUCAUUGCUAUUAAAACAUCAACUCCCACGGUUCUUUGCGCGCAUGUUCACGUCCUCCUCCGCAGUCAUGGCAUCCACGGCUCGCUGGGAACUAGAGUCUCUUUUCCUAUCUCCCAUUUUCCACAGGUUUCGCGAGAUUCACAUAGGCGGGUGGUGUGUGGCAACAUUUCUCUGCCAGACGAACUGAACAAUACUGAUAUGAGAACUGCUUAAAGUAGCCUUUAAAUUCAGGAGGCAUGUCCAAGAAAAGGGGCAGAAAGCGAAGUAGCGGGGAGCUGAGUGACACACUGACCCCAGAACCCAACAGCAUUCUGGGAGUCCGCAUCCAGCAUAACUGGCGUGAGAAGGGAAGCCAGAGCAAAUGGAAGGGAACAGUACUAGACAGGGUUAGUGUGAACCCCUCUCUCUUUAUGGUGAAGUAUGAUGGCUUUGACUGUGUAUACGGCAUCGAGUUGUUCAAGGAUGACAGGGUAUCAAACCUACAAAUCCUGACAGAAAAAGUUGUAAACAACAAGAUAAAGAUUCCUCCAGGGGCAGAGGAGCUGGUUGGCAAAGCUGUGGAGCAUCUGUUUGAAAAGGAAGAUGGAGAGAAGAAUGAGUGGAGAGGCAUGGUCCUCUCAAGGGCUCCAAUCAUGACUAAUUGGUAUUAUAUCACUUAUGAAAAGGACCCAGUUCUUUAUAUGUACCAAUUGUGGGAUGACUACGCUGACGGAGACCUCAGAAUUCUGCCUGAAGCAGAGAACAAGCACCUGUUGCCUGCAGACAGGAAGCCAGGAGAAGAGACGGAGAGCCUGGUGGGGAAACAAGUAGAGUACGUUACCGACAAGGGAGUUAAGAGAACAGGCCUGGUGAUCUACCAGGUCCCGGCCAAGCCCUCUGUCUACUACAUCAAAUAUGAUGAUGACUUUCAUAUCCAUGUCUAUGACCUGGUCAAAACCACCUAGAGAUAGUGGACAUUUUAACUGACUCUCCAGCCUCCGUCCAUGUGCUUCUGUUCCAGUCAUUGUUAUAAUCUUGUCAUUGAAAACCACACCUGGGCUGUUCAGUUAACAUGCAUUAUUGUUCAGACGAAAGUGCUAUCUGCUUUUUAUAGGCACAGCAGAACUGUAGCACCGCUUCGCUUGGCUGUUUCAUGGAGAGGGCCUCACUUGUUUUGAUUGCUGCUGCUUUAAUUUGUACUUAGGACAGUCAAAGAUUGCACUGCCCAACAUCUGCAGGGUGCAGCUGUUACUGCUCUUGCAUUGUUGCCCCUGAGAAACUCAUUGAUCUGUCCUCAAAGUAUUUAUCCUAAUAAAAUCCUAGUAUGACCAAAAAGCUCUAGACACCUUCCUGAUGAUCAUUGAAUAGCUAGUUAGACCUAGCUAACAAAUGCAUAUGCAUUAAAAAAAACUCACAUUUUCAAGUUAAAAACUGUUUAACUGCUUUACCAUUGAUUCCAAAAGCCCCAUUUUUAAAGACAACUGGCCAAAACCCAUAAAAAUAAGAUUUAGGAAAAAUGUUAAACACUUCUACUUUAUGUUUGAUAGAUGCCUUCUACUGAGGCAUGUGUUGAAGUAAAUAGAUGGCUGAAUAUGUGUACUGUCUUUAUCUAACCAUACUAUUAAACUGAGUGUGAGAUUAACAAUCAUUAUUACAAUAUGUCCUUGCACCUUUGCACCAUGCCUUGUAUUGUAUCAGAUCCUUUUCCUUGUGGUGAAGACGCACUUUGCUAAAUUACAAUAUAUAAUCUGAUCCCACAUAAAUCAUAAAGUGCCUUCCGGCUUGCCAUGUUGCAAUAUUGUACAUAGUGUAUCUCUGACUAGCUACGCACUUAUUAAAUUGUUCUUUAUGUAGGCUGCUAUUUGGUUUUCAUUCAGAAGUGGUGACAAUGGCAACUUGAGGAAAGUUUGGCAACCAUCAGUUUAUUUAGGGAUGUGCUUUGCUCUUAAUGCAGUAUGAAAUCGAUCUCUUAAUAAAACUCACGUUAUAAUUGGUUGUAUAAUCUUUGUUGAAAGUGUGGGGAGCACUUUAUUGUAAAAAGUUUACUUUAUGGUACACUACAGUUCCCCCCAAAGCUUUUUCUGUCAACAAGUGUGGCAGAAUAAGCACCAUGUUAAGCACGCAUGUACAAAGACAAAAAAGGACCAUAUUUAAUAUGUACAGCUUGUGUAUAAUGCCAUGUAUUGUUGCCUGUAGUGACUACUUAUUUAUAGGAAUAUCUCAUGAAAACACCACCAGCUUUUAGUGGAAGGGUAAUCAAUAUACAUAAAUUAUAAACCAAGUAUUUAAGAGGUAUAAUCAACUGACAAACCAAAGUGUUUACAGUAUCCAACUCACUCUGGUUCUGGUCUUCUUAACUUUAUCUUGCAAACACAUAUGCUACUAGUUCAGAUUUUAUCCCCAACUUUGCCACCAUCUACUGUUUGCUGAAUAGGUCUUGGCCUUCCCAGCAUCUCUCAAGCUAAGCAGUAUGGUCACUGUUCUUAUUUUUAUCCAUCAAAACUCUGCAUGUGUCAUCUGAACACAGUGCCUAGAGAAUUUCACACCUUACUUACACUUACACCUUACUUUUGACAGUAGGGAAAGUGACAUUUUGUGGCAGAAUAAGUAUUUGUUAAAUAGAUAAUUAAUAGGGGAAAAUGGUUUAAACCACAUCACUGUUAGUGGUGCUGUGGAGCAUUUCAGUGUUGUGUAAUGUGGAGUUUCAAACGACUGUAUGUGCUCUUCUUUAUCCUUUGGAUCACUUACUCUUGAGAUGUUGUAGCGACAUCAAAUCUACUGGUGUCAUUAUUCCGUCAUGACAAAUAAAAGAGUUUUGCACAUUU